UCUCUCUCUCUCUCUCUCUCUCCCUCUCUCUCUCUCUCUCUGUCUCACUGGUCACAUGUUUACUUGCGCGUAUGUUGCGCAUCAGAGGUGCCAAAGUGGUUUAUGCCGUCUGUCAGCAGCAGCUUGCAACAGAUGCGACUGAGGAUAUUGGAGGAAUGGCCUCUGAACGGGAUGGAUCCAACUCAACCAGAAAUCUGACCCACCAGUUUGUGCAGCCGGCGUGGCGCGUCGCUCUGUGGUCGGUGGCGUACAGCACCGUGCUCGUUGUGGCUGUUUUCGGGAACUUGAUCGUGAUUUGGAUCAUUCUGGCGCACAAGCGGAUGAGAACUGUGACCAACUAUUUCCUGCUCAACUUGGCUUUCUCUGAUGUUUCGAUGGCUGCUUUCAACACGCUCAUCAACUUCAUCUACGCGGCGCACGGAGAGUGGUACUUUGGGGAAGUGUACUGCAGGUUUCACAACUUCUUCCCGGUGACUGCGGUGUUCGCCAGCAUCUACUCUAUGACAGCUAUAGCUACUGACAGGUACAUGGCCAUCAUCCAUCCACUGAAGCCUCGUCUGUCGGCGAAGGCCACUGUGGGAGUUAUUGUGUGUAUCUGGAGUCUGGCCGUGGCUCUGGCCUUCCCUCUCUGCUAUUUCUCCACCACCCGAGCUCUGCCCGGCCGGACUCUCUGCUACGUGGCCUGGCCCCGCAUGGCCGAUGACUUUGCUUCGCUACAUACAUGCAGGUAUCACAUCAUAGUAACAGUUCUGGUCUACGUGCUGCCUUUAGUGGUGAUGGGCAUCACUUAUACAAUCGUAGGGGUGACACUGUGGGGAGGGGAGGUCCCAGGAGACUCAUCUGAUAAGUAUCAUGGACAGCUCCAGGCUAAAAGGAAGGUGGUGAAGAUGAUGAUCAUCGUAGUGGUGACCUUCGCCCUCUGCUGGCUGCCCUAUCACGUCUACUUCAUUGUGACAGGCCUCAACAAGCAUCUGAGCAAGUGGAAAUACAUCCAGCAAGUUUACCUGUCGGUGCUGUGGCUGGCCAUGAGCUCCACCAUGUACAACCCCAUCAUCUACUGUUGCCUCAACAGCAGGUUCCGGGCUGGAUUCAAGCAAGUUUUCCGCUGGUGUCCGUUUGUCCAGGUGUCGAGUUAUGAUGAGCUGGAGCUCCAAAACACAAGACUCCAUCCGGGUCACCAGAGCAGCAUGUGCACCCUCUCUCGGGUCGACACCAGCGUCAGCGAAGACGCCAGCUCUCGUGAUAACAGGUCAAGGUUCAAAUCUGAACCCAUUAAUGAAGACAGUUAAUUGUCUCCAUUAGGUACAGUUUUUUUGACACAUAUUUUUGAGUUGCAAAAUGCAUUUGAAAAGAGUUUCUGUUCACUCAUAGUGCUCUUGACUUUUACGCCAACAAUCUGCACAGUUUACUUGAGCUCAUUGUCUCUUUUUUGUCUCUGCAGUUGUGUGAGGUUUCACUUUAUCAAAAUUAUUAAAAUUCAAUUUAAUAUUAAAGGUUUUGACAUAUAUUUGAAAACUUGUGUAUCAUGCUGUUAUAAUUACAGCAAACAAAACAAAAUAUCUGACCCCGGGAGAAAAUUUACUGUGAUAAAAAUACCAUACUCGUGGUUUACUUACUUAGCUAUUCCCGCCACUUUCAGCCAUAUUCCAUGGCAUUCUUCGGCAGGUGGUGAAGAUUUCGUCACCUGACGACAAGUGGUAGAUAAUUUUUGAUAUUAAUGGUUUUUAAUCAUAUGAAAGUAUGAUUAGAGAGAGAGUUCAUUUGUUUUUAGUCAUAAAAUCCUGCUGUUCAUUUGUAUUUUAACAAAUUCUUACACAUUUUGGUUACUAUCCAAAAGUGCUCAAGAGAGGAUUUACUUGUGUAAGUAGGUUAAAUGAAUUGAGGCAAGUUUCCUUGAAAAAUCUGAAAAAAAAGAAAAAAGAUUGAUGUCUAGUUUGAGAUGGUGAAUACAUAUGUGGGUUUUAAUUGUUGGAAUUACAUGAACAUUUUCAGUGUUUCAUUAACAUCUUAAGUCUUUAAAAAGAUCAAUUUGUUUAAGAAGACAUUUUAAUUAUAACCUGCUUUCCCUGCUCACAUUGAACUUUCUGGAGUUUAAUUUAUUUCGACUAUAUCAUCAUUUGUUAUCGUUACUUCUGUUGUAAAACAUAGUUUAUGCAGUGGGACAGGAUAUUUUCAAAAAAGGU